UCACAUGACUAUCCCGGAAGUCAACAAAGUGUGCAGCGAGAUGUGUAACUUUUCGAAGCAAAUCAAUCCACCGAUCAUUUUUACAUUUAAACGGCGCUUUUAAAGCCUUUCAUUUGUGAUGUUACUCAUACGACGGUAGUUUUUGACGCCUAAAAGGCGACUUUUUAUUAUUCUUCGACAUUCGCUUGUCGUUUUUUUAGUCGUUUUCAGUAAAAGUGGAAGUAGAAAAAUGCGAAAAGAUUCUCCUCUGUCGAGUGUCAACGUCGUGCUCGUCAUGGCCUUUGGUAGUUUGGUCUUCGUUUUGCUGUUCAUCUUCGUCAAAAGACAAAUUAUGCGUCUCGCCAUGAAGUCCCGUAGAGGGCCCCACGUUCCCAUCGGUCACAAUGCCCCGAAGGAGCUUAGGCAAGAAAUUGAAGCCAAGCUGUGCCAAGUCCAGAAAAUCCACUUUGAGCCUCGUCUGCUGUCGCCAGACGAUCUGAGGCUCAAGUCUGGUUGCUGUGACUACCAGUACAGGAUGAGAGCACUGGACGCCAUCAGAGACACAGAUUUCCCGUUUUGCGAACUGGGCGGCUCCUCCAGCGCCGUGACGGGGAAACGGUUUCGAGCUUGGCUCCUGCAGCUGCGAAACUCCCACUGCCUCUUUCGGGACAGCCAAAGCAGUUUGAUAGAAACCGUGCUGGACGGGUACAACAAAGCACGCCACGGGGCAGAGGCUUUUGGCGAAGCCGAACUCCUAAAAUACCAGGAUGCUCUCUGUCAGCUGGCCUCCGUUGUCAAGUCCCAAAGCGGCAGCUGGGCCAGCCAGGAUCACCACCAGACCGCCGCUAAAGACUUGACAGUCAUCACCGAGCCCGUUAGCUCCUCCCCUUCCUCGCGAGCCCACCUCACGGCGGCAGCGCAGCAGCGUAUCAAGAGGACCAGGAACUUACUGGAGCUGAAGAACUUUAAAGAUAAGUACAACACACUGGACAGCACACUGUGAAGAGGAUGGAUGAUGUUAGGCAUCCGUGAUGUUACAUAAUAAUAAUAAUAAUAAUACCUCUCAUAUGCAGCUAGGGCAUAUAUACUGUAUUAUUGCUAGCAUUGCUAUUUAUGUAUUUUAAGUGGGGUUAGCUUGACCAUAAUAAGAGCUUUGGUGCUACGCAAUAUAAUAAUAAUAAUAAUAAUAAUAGACAAUCAGUAUUUAUUGCACAAAUUAAAACGCCUAUGCAAACUUGAAUAGCAUGUUAACGAUGACUUUGGACUUUGCUAGCCUUAAAUGAUGAUUCAUGGAAGCCAUAUUUAUUUUCAUUAUGUGCCAAUUACCCCCCCCCCCACCAAGUGCAUUAAUACAUUGUGUAGCAAUCCUUGUUAUUAAUUUGUGCAAUACUGUGUUUCCACGAGGGCUACACCAGUGAUUUUAUUCCUGAAAUUAAACUAUGACCUGCACAGGAGUUGGUCUUUUGCUUGUAGUGUGUAGACAAGCCCAGCAGAGGGCGCCCCCUCCCUGAAAACAAGCCGAGCUUAAAAAGUACAGUCUUUAUAAAUUAGUGGAAAGCUUUUAUUAGAAUAUAAAUAAAUACAAAUUAGAAAGCUGUUGAAAAAAUGAAUGAAAUGCUUUGCAGGAUGUUUUUUUUUUCAAAAUGAGUGACACUUCAUCUUUAACAGUUUUCACCUUCUGCACAAUUUCAGUAAGUGCUUACGUUAAAUAACCACGUGGUUAUCACAGAAAAAAAUACGUCAAAGUAGCCUUUAGAGUUGUCAAACUUCAUACUACACGCUGGAGAGCGACGGGAGACACAAAACAAUCGAUGCUAGUUACCGUUUCAAAUCUCACACCUCUCCGAGCAGAGCACACAUUACGCAAUAAGUACAUCGGCGUGUCUGUACAGGAAGCCCGCUCUAUAAAGCACACGCUACAAGUGCACUGCGUCCUUCAGGAGGCUAAAUGAAAGUAUCUGUUGCAGUCUGACUCCUUUCAGGCGGGGGAGUGCUAGAGCUUACUUUCAGUCCGCAUACGGGAGGAAAAACUUGGUGGUGGAAAUAAAAAAUACAAAUAAAGAAAAGCUUUCACCGACGGCCUCAGGACUUGAUUUCAAUCACCUUGAUGAACGGCAGGGGUUUGUUGGACGAGGACGUGGUCGGCUUGAUGGGCUUACUGCAAAGGAAAUAGGAAAAUACUUUAAGUAUAUUGUUAUAGUAUUGAUUUAUUUUUACUAUGUUUAGUUUUAUUUAAUGUAUUUUAAUUGUUUGAUUAUAAAUGAAUGUCUUACAUAAACUAAAGAUUAUUAUGGACCAGUCCAGGGUGGACCCCGCCCCUCGCCCAGAGACAGCUGGGAUAGGCUCCAGCAUACGGUGACCCUAGUGAGGAUGAUGAUGAUGAUGCGCCUACCUGUAGACAAUCUGCGGGUUGCGUUCGGACGAAAGGUAAGAAUGACUUUUUGACCCUCCCAGGAAGUAGUCCAUCUGGUCACGCAUCUCUCGGUUCUGCACAAAGACCACAUGUCAGUUCACGUCAAGGUGAGCCUCCUUCCCAGAGACAAGGUUCCAUGUAGUCCGCCAUCCACUCUCACGUCCUUGGAACACAUGAGGCCUCGUGGUUCUUUUUUUUGGACAGAAGAAGAAAAGGCGUCCUCACCUCAGCCUCCAGGAAAGCGACCUUCUCCUCCAGCUCUUUGAUCACACGAUCCCGUUCCUGGAUCACCAUGCGAGAGUUCUGGAGCUACACGGGUCAUCAAACAUAAACACUUGGGUCAGUGCUCUCCAACCUGCGGCCCAGGGGCCACUUCCAGCCCGUGGCAUUCUACAAUUCAAUUAAAGACGUUGCAAACUUUUUCCAGCGAGGAUCUACUGGAGGUGAAAGCCUAUUAGUCUGAAUAACUUAUACAAUAUUGUCAUUUUAGUAGCACAUAUUAAAUAUGUAUAUGUAGGAAAAAUGUAACUUUUCCUAUUUUUUUUAAAGUGAUAUGAU